AUGGUGGAUGAGGCUUUGGUGGGGGAGCCGCAGCGGCUGGUGCAAAGGCUUCGUUCCUUCGUCCUGGAGUGCUGCGCGCCCCCGCAGUGUCUGACCUCGGCAUCUUCGGCGGAGUGUUUCACGACGCGGUCUCUCUGGACGCAAGAAAUCGACUGCAUGCGACUCCUUGCGGCGUGCCCAAAUCUGGCGGAACUCCUCUUCUUCCAGACAAUGGCUCUCAUAGACACCCUGCGGCAGGUGUGUGCGGAGAUUUGCAAAAGUGCCGGGCAGUCGCUUAACCCGGCCGAGCUCUCGCCACGACUAACGCACCUACCCACAGUGGGCGCGCCACCACCGUCCAUGCCACCUCCCCAUGGGGUGCUUGUCAGUCUCUGUGGAACCAUAGUAAGGAUGAAUGCCAAACGCGUGGUGCCGUUUGUUCAUAAACUGAGAUGCACCAAGUGUGGGGAUACGGUUGAGGUGGCGUCCAGCCCUUUUGAUCGUGGCUCCAAGCCAAAAGGGCGUUGCGAACGCAAGGAGUGUGGGGGUGGGGAACUGCAACCUGUUGGUCAGGUUUGGAUGGACUACGCGGAGUGUCGCCUGCAGCAGCGUUCCAGUCUCUCGGGUCGCCUCCCUCGCACACUUCUCGUGACCCUUGAGGAUGAACUGACGAUGAAGUGCACGGUGGGCCAGUUGGUCGAGGUCAUUGGUGUCUUGUUUCCGAAGUGGCGGGCCACGUAUCCCAACAGUCGACCGAUUAUUGAGCCCACGAUGUGGGCUCUUAACAUCACCUCAGUGGAAUCUUAUCGGGAAGGGGGCCCUGGUGGCAUGGCCGCCGCACCACGACGUAAGCCAUCUGCUUCAAUGGAAGGAUCAGCUUUUAGCCCUGAAUCAUUUUUUUCGUCCUUCUGCAAGGAUAAACUACGUCGGAGCACCGCAUUGGUCACCUCUGUGUGUCCGCAUCUUGCUGGAUUGUUUGCCCCCCGUAUGGCUUUAAUUCUUGCGGUGCUGGGAGGGACUUCCACCACAGGCAAGUUACGCAUGCACAUACGAUCCACAAUUCAUUGUCUCUUCGUGGGCGAUCCGUCGACGGGGAAGUCGCAAUUGCUGCGGUUUGCCGCCAUGAUUGCGCCGCGGAGUACCUCCACCACUGGGAUUGGAAGCACCUCCGCUGGGCUAACCGUGGCCGCCGCGAAGGAAAAUGGGGAAUGGGUUCUGGAACCGGGUGCCCUCGUACUCAGCGACGGUGGUGUGUGCGUGAUUGACGAGCUCCGAACCGUGUCUUCGGCGGACCGAGCCUCUCUUCAUGAGGCCAUGGAGCAGCAAACCAUUUCCGUCGCCAAGGCGGGGAUGGUAACCAAACUUCGGACCUCUUGCUCCGUGAUUUCGGCGUGUAAUCCUCCUCCCACACGGCAUGGGGGAACCGAAAUUGGCGUGGGUGGACCCUUGCUUAGUCGUUUCGAUUUUAUUUUCUUGCUGUGGGACAAACCCUCGUUGGAAGUCGACAGUUGCGUUGCCACUCACAUUCUCACCUGUUCACAGGCUGGACGACAACCACCGUCUGUGCUUUCGCAGGAGGAUAUCAGCCGCUACUUGCGGUGGGUACAUUCUCACUACGCGCAGCAUGAGGGCCCUCUGCUUUCGGAUCAGGCAGCGGAGCUUAUCAAGACGUACUACGAUCUGCAACAUCGACGCGGGACGUCGCCUCUUCUUGCUGAUUGUGUGCCAGUCACCAUACGUCUGCUGGAGUCGCUUGUGAGAAUAACGCAAGCACAUGCAAAACUGCACCUCGAACAUGUGUGUACAGAGGAGGAUGCGGCGUUGGCUAUUUUGCUGAUGGAGCAAAGCGCCCAUAGUCUGAAGUGCCCUUUGGAGUCCCUUGGUCCGGAGGUAUACACAAGCUCCAAGUCUUUGGAAGAGUGUUUUCUCGAUCUAAGUCCAGAGGGGGUGCAAAGACAACGCUGCGUGCUUCGGGCAAUUGUGGAUGUCUUUUCAAACUGCAGCAGUGCUCAUACCUCCUCUGACGACGCGGUUGCUGCAACGUGGCUGGAGAAACUGAAGGCCCCCUCGGAGGGGGCGACGCUGCCUUCGCAGCAAAGCAGCAAGCGUGGAAGGGAAGAAUCCACAGCGAGUGCUGCGGUCUUGCGUAGUGCACGGCGGUUAGAGGCGGAGGUGUCCUCCCCGUUUUCGAGUGUGCAGACUGUGAUUCAGUACACGCCCAGUUCAAUGGCGCAAUCUCCCGCGAAGAGGAGCUGUAGGCGUCGCGAUGCGGAUGAAAUCAUGAAGAGUCUGACUUUUCGUUUUUGA